UUCUUCCAACUUUACACAUUCGUUCAGUGUUAUUUCUGCAUCAUACACGUUCUAUUUCAUCGUGUACAACUGUCGUUUCACUCAAUCGUAGCAAUAUUCGUUAAUCAGCCUACCUCCAUCAUGAAAACCUCUACCAUCACGCAAACUCUACUUUUGGGGGUAUCAGGCGUUUUCGCUGCCGAUGGUACCUACUGCUCAUGGCCUCUAAUCCGCAACAUCCAAAGUGUCACGCCUACAUGGACUUCUCCUCAACUCGUUGCUGGUGUCUUCGUCGGUCCAUCUUCAACCACAGGAACCAUCUCCGCCGGCUACACCUUCGUUCAAUCUCAGACAAUCACGGGCGGCAUCAGUGGCUCCUCCGGCAUUCUCGGUAUUGUGAAUCUAGGAGUCACAGCUAGCUACGGAACCACAACGGCCAGAGGAUCGUCCCUAACCGUCGGUAUCUCCUGCCCAGCCAAUGUGCGAUGCGGCCUCACCGCAUCAUCCUACGUCCUCGAAGUAAAGGGCACCGAAACUAUGUACCGCUGCGGCAGCAACGACAAAUACGACACGUCGUAUCCGUGCUCCAAAUCCGCGCCGGACCAUUGCCCAACUACGUUCUGGAACACUACUAGUGGCGUUACGAAGGAAUUUACUGCUUAUCUUCCGCUUGCUAAGAGCCCUUCGAAUGUUAACGAGCUGCUUGCUGUCGAGUAUAAUGCUUGCUCAGCUGGUAUGGACUAUGCUGGGAUGGCUCGUUGCCCGGGAUAUUAGACAGUACGAGUGGUUGGUA